AUGUUAUCAGGAUGUAUGAUGAUUUACUUUGACUAUAAAAAUGAACGUGUUGACCGCGAAAAUUUCAUUAAAUAAAUGGAUGAUAUGGUUUGGAGAAAUACUUCAAAGCAUAUUGUCAACCAGGCAUUUAUUGUCUCUUAAUUGAAUAAUAAUAAUCAACUAGCUCUUUUCUCAUGCAAUAAAACAGCUUAGACACUGUUCAAUAUAAAACCAAAAAAUUUUGGUGAAUUUCUCAAUAAAGCAAAACUGAACAUUGGCAAAUGUGUUUUCAACUCGCGUAUUUUCGAAAAUCUACCUUUCAAGAAAAACUUAAACAAUCUAAGAGAGUAUUUACUAGCACAUCAUUCAAAGAUGAAAUAAGAAAAUACCUCAUAUAAUUAAUUACGUAGUAGUGGAGUGAAAAAAAGUUAAACACAAAUUGAAUCUCCGAAAAACGAAGUUAUGUAGGCAAUGUAAGUUGCAGCAGCAUAAGCAGCAAAUAAGCGAUUAAUGUAAAAUAAUUCAAUAUACUCAGGUUUUUAAUGUAAUGCCGAUCCAGGAGGCAAGUUUGAUGGGAGAAUUGGAGGAGGUGGUGGUAUAGGUGAAUUAAAAUUUAGAGGUUAAAGUCUCAGGAGAAAUAAUUAUUAUUUGUAAAUAAUAAUUAACAUUUGCAAAUCUGCUUGGCGAAAAAUGAGCUGCUUAAAACCAAAGAGACCAAAAACAUAUUCUGUAGAUGAAUUAACUACAAAUAAAGGAAACGAUGCUGAUAUGUUUCCUAAUAAUCAUCCAUUAAGCAUGGAAAAUAUAGGUAAUUACUACAAUUUUUUGGAUGAGACUCCUUCGAAAAGUAUUGACGUCGAUUAUCUCAAUUGCACUAUCAUCAAUAAAGAUUUAGAGAGAGAAUACAAAGUAAGCGUAUUUAAGUACAAGGGUGGUCCUUCUGGAGAUAAAUCUCCACUUCUCAUUCUCUGUAUUGAAGAAAUAAACAAGAAUGACUUUAAAAAUUUAAAAGAAAUUAUUUUAGAAAAAGGACAUUUUAUAACAAAUAUUUUAGAAUUUUUCUCUGUUCAACUGAAAGACUAAAUUAAAUUCCUCAAUGAUCAUCUUAAAUAUAAUUAUUCUUCUCACUCUUUACAAUAUGAAAAUUAAGAAAUUAAUAGCUAGGAAAAUAUAGUUUAAGCUAGUGGUUCUGGAACCUACAAUAUUGCAGAAUCUCAAGAUAUUACAUCGAAAUCUUUAGUAGAGAUCAAUAAGUAGCUUAAAUAUGGUAAAAAAAUGGAUAAAUCUAACAUUUCAGCAUAAUCAAAAGAUUAUCACAACAUUAAUUUAGCUUUACAUGAAGAUGAUAACAAUAAUUCACCUCCUAACUCAUCUUUGUAGUGUAAAUAAACAAAUAAGCAAAACGAAGAAGGAAAUGAGUAAAUUUAUGCUAAUAAUACUUUCAGGGCUAAAGAACAUGUAAAACAAAACUUUUUAGCACCUCCUCCUGUGUAAAUCCAUCAAAGAUAAAUUCUAAGAAGCUACACUCCUGAUCCAAGUCCAACUAAAAUUUAGAACAUAAAAGGACAACAUUUGGAUGUUUAAGCUAAGAAGAGGAGUACUCUAGAUAUUACUUCUUAGAUUAAUAAUAAUAACUUAUCAGCAAAUGCUAAUAUCUAAAAAUAAUAAAACUAAAUUCUUACAGUCAAAAGCAAUUAAACAUUAAGCCCUUAUAUCGCAUACCAUAAUUAAAAUGCCAACAGUACUUUUUAAAACUCUAAAAAUUAAACAACAACUAGCACUAAUUAAAAUGUGAAUUUCAAGCAAGGUGUAGAUCAUAAUAUUCCUAACAACACUUAAAAUAAUAAUGUAAAAAUUAUUAAUAACAUCACUAAUAAUAUUCAAAUUACCAACAAUAUUUACCAUUCUGUUCCAAAUAAUUAAAAUAAAACAUAUAAUCUCAACGUAAAAGCUCAUUCAAAUACUUUUAGUCACAACAACUAAAGCAAUCAAAAUAUUUCAAGUGUUUAGUAAAUAUCUAAGCUAGCACCAUCAAUUAAGGGUCUACCAAGCACUCAAGAUGCACUAGCAAAUCCUACUGAUUAUGAUAUACACAGUAAAAUCAACCAAAACAAUAUAAAUGAAAAAGAUUUGGCCACUUAACAUGAAGAUAUUAGCUAAUUUUAAGACCGUUAGAUUGAAUCACCUUAAGGCCCUAUUAUUGAGACUAAAAAAAUAGUAUCAGAAUAAGUGAUUCCACUUAUUGAUGAAGACGAAAUAAAUAACACUGAAGAAAAAGAAAUUUUAAGUCAAGACGAAAUUUUAAACGAUGACGACAGAAAACGAUAUGAUUAACUGAUUAAAUACAAUAAGAGCUUAGUAGAGAUUUGUCAUAAUGCCAAACUGAUUGCUUUAAAAUCAUUAAUUUAGGUUAGCAACUAUAGUGACUGCUACCGCCAUAAGGAAGCAAGACCUCUUCCAUUAAAAAUUUCUGAAUUCUAAAUUAGCGAGCUAAUUUUAAAUACAUUUUACUUUAAUAGUAAGCCUAUUUUAAUUUAUAAAUCGAAGCAUUAAGUUAUUAAAUCAGACGAUAGAAGAUUAAUUCAAGUUAUUUUCAACAUUUUGAAUUUUUUGAAAAAGACAGAUUAAAUUAAAUUUAUUGUCAUGGACUAAGAAGAAUAUGAGAUGACCAAAAUGAAUUAAUCUAUUUCAAAAGUAGCUUCCCAAAAUCCUGAUACAGCAAAGUUCAUUAAUUAUAUGACUAAUUAAUCCAAAAUGUACGCAUCUCAGAGGGGAGUUGAAAAUUAUACUGAAUAUAGCCAUAAAAGGAAAGAAAAUAGUGGUGGAAAUAUUUAAAUCAAUAAUUAAAACUAUAAUUACAGUCAUGGAAAUAAUAAUAAUUAUUACAACAACAAUAAUAUCAAUAAUAAUCAGCUGCACGAUUUCAAUAACUCAGAUAGAUCAUGCAAUGUAGAAUUAGAGUCAACUCCAAAUGCAUAACAACCAAAUCACCACAGUGGUCGAUAGAGUAAAGUAGGAUAUAUGAAGAGAUUGUCAGAAAAAAAAGCAGAUGAUUACAAUAAUGAACAGAAUAAUGCUUAAAAUGCGAAUAUUCCUGCUUAGCCUCAAUCUAGUAGUAGCAGCAAAAUUUCAAAUAUGAAAGAAGACAACAGCUAACCUCUUUUAAUUAGAAGCAGUGCAGGAGGAAAUUAUACAGUAAAUAACAUUACAGCAGAUGAAAAAUAGGAUGUUUCUCAAAUAGAUAAAGAUACUUAUAAUUUAAUUACUCUUGGUUAAAUACCUAGUAAUAACAUGAGCUCAAUACCAAAAAUGCACUUAAAUACAAAUUUAAACGGAGAUGAAGAUCUGAUUGACAUAACACACCACAAAACAAAUAUAAAUGAUGUAACCCCAACAAAUAACUUGCAUCAAAGCAACAUGCAAAUGAUAACUCAAAACAACACUUAAGCAAAUUAAGAAAGUAUCCCAAAUAUUUCUUACUCAAAUUAAUAAAAUUAUUAACAUAGAAGAAAAUUCUAUGAUCCUGCAAUACUGGAAGAGGUUGUCCUUGAUGGAGAAUUAGAUGAUGAGAAUUAUAAUAACCUCUCACAAAAAAUAAACUUAAAAAAAAAGAAUUAAAAGUUUAAUGUGGUUUAAAUACCCUAAAGACCAAGUAUAAAUGCUCAAAGUAGUUCUCUAGAUGAUGAAAUAUUUAGUGAAAACUAUUGUGAGUAAAAUGUUAACGAAAAUGUAGACGAUGUUGUUAUGAAAAACUUGUAAUAUCAUUAAAAUGAAAAAAAGCUUAGAGAAAUGAGCGAUAAGCGGAGCAACUCCAACACACCACGCCUGGAAGGCAAUAAUAACUUUUCUAGCUAAGGAUAAGUUGUAUUUUAAAAUUAAAACUCUAAAUAUUUAAACACAAUCAAUAAUAAUAAUAACUAAAAUUUAAAAAUAGAAAUCUCAAGCGCUAAUUAGAAUUACAGAUAAAACAAUUUUUUUUCAAACAACAAAAAUUAUAACAAUAACCCAAAUAAUAGCAAUUAGUAACAAAAUACUAAUUUAAGAGCUAUUGCAGCCAACACAGCUGCUUAAUUCAGCAAUGUAUCUUAACAGAAUGCAUAGUAAUAACUUCCAUAUUUAAAGUAAAGAUCUUAAAAUAACUAGAGCUUAGUCAAGGAUAUCACAUGUUUAGCUAACAUGAAUCAAUAAAUUUCCUUGUCUGCAAAAUUAGAUAGCUAAAAUCAUAAAGUAAAGGAUUCUUAGUCUCUUCCUCCUAAUAAGUAAAAGCCUAUAACAUUCUUUAAUGUCAAAAAUAACCGCAAAGAAGAAAAUAUAAAUCAAACAUAAUUUGUUGACCAAGAAUAAAUUUUUACAAAUUUAGUAAGUUAGAAAAAUCAAAAUCAGAAUUAUGGUCCGAACGAGUCAGCAUACAAUUUAAGACGUUAGUCUUAAAGUACAGUUGGAAUGGGUAAAGGAUUUGAAAUACAAUCUCCCCCAAUUAUAUUUUCGCCUUCUAACUACAAUAAUUCGAUUAAUAAUAUCUAAAAUAAAGUCACUAGUAAUUUAUGUGAAUCACCUACAAAUGAUUAUCACUCCUCCCAUGCAAAAAUAAAUGCAAAAAGUUAUUUUAGUAAAAGCUACUAAGCAUAUCCUACUUCAUAGCAGCUUAAUCUCCCAAGCAAUAAAGCAUAAAAUAUUGGCGGAGGAACUUAAUAUGAAGAUUAGGAAUCAGGUGUUAUGUAUUAUUAAAAUUAGAUGCCAUUAGAUGAAGAAAUGAUAAGAUCUUAAAACAUUUAAAAUCAUUUAUCAAGUAAAAGUGUAAAAUUGGUUGAAAAUCAAUAGUAUAAGAAGAAGAGCAGCAUUAAAAAGAUUGUGAAACCAUACAGUAGAGCGAAUAGUAACAACAGCAGCAUAGUAAUGCGAAAGACUUCAAAUAAGAGUGGAGAUCACAACAACACAAAGAUGUAUGCUUCUAAAAGAAUAAGUACUGCAGGAAUUAAUUCUAAAGCAUAAAAUAUUAAUUAGUUUGUAAAUGAAGAAGCCGAAAGCGUUAAAUAAAAUUUGUAAGAAAAGAAUACUUCAUCAAGGAAGAAUAAAAGAAGUGGAGAGGAUGAUCGCAGGUCAAGAUCAGAUGUUAUUGCAAUAGAAAUUUAAAUGGAAGGAGAUAACAUGAAAUUCAAUCCUUUUAGCAAUGAAUCGAUCCAAAUGAUAGCAACAAACGAAAUAAUAAAAUUGUUGGGGCCUAAUAAAAAGAUAUAAAUUAGCCACAAUAAAAUAUCUUUUUAUCUUUAUACAAACUUAGAAUCACAAGAAUUAGAAAGCAAUUUUGUCACUAACUGUGAGAAAUAUGAGGAAAUUCUUGAUUUAAGAAAUUUAAUGAAUAACAAAGCAGUCAAAACUAUAAGAAAAAUAGCAAAUACAAUAGAUAAUAAAACAUGUAAGACAAUUUAUACUUUGGAGAAUAAGCCACACAAUUUUGCUCUUGUGGAUGAAAAACAACUAGAAAGUCAUUAGAAACAUAUAUAGAUGUAUUAAACUUAGCACAUGAUGGGAAACAUGAAUCAAAAUUCAACUGAUUUCCACUCUCUACAUUCACUGACAAAAAAUAUAUUUUAAUAAAACAAUUAAAAUACUGCAGUAGGAUCAUAGCAGUAACUCUACUAAAAAAACAGAUCUCUAAAACAAGAAAGCCCUUUUUCUAACAGUGGAACCACUUUCUAAUAUAGUAAAACUAUGCAACCUCUGUAACUCAAUUUGUAUAGAUUACAAUCAGAUAACUCAAACACCUAUGAAACUCCGACAGUGGGAGCCUAUAUAGUAAACAAUUCAAAACAGCAGGGAGGAAAUAGUUCUAACUUUUCAUUAGACAAUAAAUUAUAGCAGCAUGUGAAUAAGCAAGUAAAGGAAAUCGAGUUAAUGUAAUCCUAUUCUCAAAGAUCUAAUCUACCAAAUUAAUAAUUAGUUUAAGAAAAAAAUUUUUCUCCAUUAAAGUCUGAAAAGUAAUAAACAAUGAAUAAGAGUGCAAACUAAAAACUAUAAUUAUAAAAAUUUACUUUAGAUAAUGAAAACAAUUUCACUAUCUAGAAUCAGAAACCUUUAAUAAAAUAAACUAACACAAUAAGAUCUUAAAACUCACUGAGCAACGCUGUUAACAACACCCCUUCUGUAUAAUAAAAUGAUCAGAACUAGUAGUAGCAAGGAGGAAAAUAACAGUUUGUAAAAAAUGAGUGA